CUUCCGGCACCUACGUAACAGCUCGUCCACUGCGGAAGUUCACAGACAUUGUCCUUUCGCAAUCAGCUUUUUCCCUGCUCAGAUCACUACACCCUGUAGCACACUGCGUUGUUCCUCCUCAGAAUCAAGAGAAGCAUCUUCUCGAGACACCGCGCGUUACUAUGUUAACAACCCUACCUACGAGACUUUAGCCUGUCCGUCCUUUGAUCACCACAUCUUUUAUCUGCACGCGACACAUCAUUCUCCAUAACCUAAGCGAUAGGUACCACGCGACAAUUACCUCUGCGCGAUAGUUAAACGCACCUGCGACACCUCCCUCAGGCCAUCGCCAUGUCUGCGACCGAAGUCCUUGAAUGGCUCGGGUUGAGCAAGACAUCUCCCGGGGUCAAGGUCACCACGUUGCCAGCGUCCUACUUCAAAUUCCCUCCCUUGCCCGAACCAACAACAGUACCUCCUCCAACUGGCGAUCCCGCUCUCGCGCAUCCAUUCACCAUCCCUACUGAUCUCUACAAUGAGCUCCUCUCCGCGAACGUCCCCCUGACAGUAGCAUUGGUCUACAUGUCCUUCGUCACUCUCGUGAACUCGGUCAAUGCGAAUCGCAAGUACAAGCCUUGGGCAUUCAGCAGAACAAGACUCUUCAAACUCCUGGUUAUUCUGCACAAUACGUUCUUGGCAUUGUACUCGGUAUGGACUUGUGUCGGCAUGGUGAACGCUCUGCGCCUCUCCCUGCCGCCAUUGGGUGAACACUGGAAAACAACAGACACGGUGGAUGCCCUCUGCAAGCUACAUGGACCGCGUGGAGUGGGAAAUGCUGCAACAUACAACGCGACUACUAGUUCCUGGACAAUGACAAAUCGCCUCCUACACCUUGCUGCGGACGGCUUUGGUCCUGAGCGCUCAGAUGUUGGCAGACUGUGGAAUGAGGGGUUGGCAUUCUACGGCUGGCUUUUCUAUCUCUCAAAGUUCUAUGAAAUUUUGGACACCUGCAUCAUCCUUGCGAAGGGCAGGAAGAGCAGUCUGUUGCAAACUUACCACCAUGCGGGAGCCAUGAUUUCUAUGUGGGCUGGCAUUCGGUAUAUGUCACCGCCUAUCUGGAUGUUCGUACUCGUGAACUCAGGAAUCCAUGCCAUUAUGUACACGUUUUAUCUUUUUGCCGCGAUCGGCAUUCGAAUGCCAAAGUGGCUCAAGCAAUCAUUGACGACCCUUCAGAUCACCCAAUUUGUGGUCGGCGCUUCGUUUGCCUUUUUGCACCUCUUUGUUGCCUAUCAGAUUCCAGUCAGCGUCCCCUACAUCUACCAUCUGGGUAAUGUUGCCUCGAAAAUCUUGUCGGAUGUUCCCUCAGCUGCUUCCACGACGUUGUCAUCCGCGGUAGCUACAGCGUCCGCCGGGAGAGGGGCAUGGCUUAAGAAGGCUGCACUGCGGGCUGCGGGCUACGAAGGCCUAGCAGAGAAUGUCCUCAAUGAAGAAGGUCGCCCCUUCGGGAUUGAUGCAGUCCAUAUCGCCGAAGAAGUUGUCGCCCGAGAGGAGACCAGAUACCGGGACGAACUGCAAUGGGUUCAUUGCCUUGAUACAAGUGGUCAGGUGUUUGCCAUCCUACUCAACUGCAUGUAUCUUCUGCCUUUGACCUAUCUGUUUGUGGAAUUCUUCGUUACCGCGUACCUGAAGCGCAUCGAGAGCAGACGCGGAAGCACGGCCAGCGAAAAGGCCGAAUACGCCCGAAGAAGCUUCCAAGACGCGACGAAGGGUGUCUCCCGCAGACUUAGUGAAGCUGUCGAGGAGAUGCACCGCACAGCUGAAGAUAUUGGUGACGACACCGUCAUUGUUGACGGAGAUGAAAUCAAACGCGAAUUGAAACAAGUCGUUGAUGAAGCAAAGAGCACAAUCCAGCGAGGGUCGGAAAAGGUCAAGCAACCGAUAUCUGGCAUUGAUACGGAGAAAGUGAAGCAGGAGGUCCAAAGUGAUAUGGAGAAAGUCCGCAAAAACUUGCAGGAUACAGUGGACAAAGUCAAAGCUACGGCAUCCCAACCAAUUAAUGAAGAGAACAAGGAGAAGGCCAAAGCCGCAGCACAGAAUGCGAAGGAUACCACCCUUAAAGCCGUGAAUAAAGCUGCGGAUACCCUGAAUUCUGCGGCCGAGACAGUCAAAGAACAAGCCGCGAAUCUGGGCAGCGACGAAACGAAGGAGCAACUCAAGUCAACUGCUAGCAAAGCUGCAGCAAAAGCUGGUGAGAUCAAAGACGGUGCUGUCACUUCUGCCAAACAGACCGCAGAACAAGUCUCCGAAUCUGUCAAGCAAGGGACCGCGAACUUGGUAAGCGGGGAUACCAAGAAGCAGGUUGAGUCAACUGCCAGUAAAGCGGCUGCGAAGGCGAAUGAGGUCACGAACGAAGCUGCCUCUGUUACCAAGCAGGCUACAGACCAAGCGUCUGAAAAGCUGAAGGAGCAAGCCUCGAACCUCACCAGCGAAGACACCAAAAAACAGGUCAAAUCUACUGCUGGCAAGGCGGCCGCAAAAGCUGACAACGCCAAGAAUGGUGCUCUUGAUUCAGCCAAGAAAACCACCAAUCAGGCGUCGGAAGCGGCAGCGGAAACUGUCAAGAAAGCCCAGGGAGCGACGGAAGACGCCAAGAAGGAAGCUGAUAAAUCCAAUCAGAAGUCAAAGGAGGUGAAGAAGACCCCAAACGGCAAUGGCACCGGCGCCGAAGGGGCGUCCGGACCAGCCAGAUCGAAAGCCAAGGCGAAAACAGCUGAGAGCAGCGAAAGCAAGGAGGAGAAACAGGAGAAGAAAAAAGAAGACAAGAUCAUCGACGAAAGUCAAGCAGUCAGGGACCAUGACGUUGACGCCGGUGGUAAUGAUGAAGAGCAGUCUAAGGAAGAAGCGUCCAGCGAAGUCAAGCCAGGCGUUUCUUUCGCCGACGCAGUCAAGGAGGAUGAUACGAGUGAAGUCAAACCAGGUGUUUCUUUUGCGGACGCAGUAAAAGAGUGAGCUGUGUGCCACUACGGCUGGAUCCUUCUGUGGAAACCUGCACAGAACUCGAUUUCUGCAACGGACCAUGCCUCAAAUCUUCAACCUCGCCCAGCGAGGCUCAUUGCACCUCAACAACCGGGCUGUGAUGUGCCUCCAACAGCAUCUUCUGCCGAAAUCCGUGCCACCGAGGGCUCGAGCAACGCUGAAGAUUAUUGCUCUCCGUCACCGAAUUGAUCACUCCAGCUUGUGCCUGGCCACCUCAACUUGUCGCACGGAACAUGCUGCGUUGGCUCGAUGGACGUUACAGAUCGGGCACAUGAAGGAGAAGCUCACAUUGUUUUGACAUGUUUUAAUCGCCUCGAUACCGGAGUUAAUCAAGCACCAGGUAGCGUCGCAAGACUUGCAGCGGUUUAUCAAGCAUCGGGACGUCCUGCAGACUUGUGGAAGGAAGAAGAUGUGAGCUGAAGACUAGAGCUUCCGUGCUACUUCGACAAUGUAGCAAAUAGAAGAUUCAAUGGUUUCAAAGUGAGCACGUGCAGACUCGUCCUCGGCAUUGCAAUUCAUGGUAAUUUGGUAGUAGUCGUAAGCUUGCCCAGAACACCGAAGUAUCCAUUGUAGAGACACGGGAAAACCUCAGUACGAAGCAAAUCACCAGCAUUGGACUGAUACUGGGCGUAAUUGGGUUUCCCUCGAUGAAUGUGAAUAAUCGUCGUCGUCCUACCGAAGCUCUCACGCCCUGCAACAAUAACAACCACGACAGAAAGAAGCGGAGAGGUGGCAGACGAGACUUGCCAGAUCCCUA